AUGAGGAGUUCCUUGCCAUCGAGGCAGUUAUUCUGCAUCUCGAUUCUCAGUCUACCUGCUGGCCAUGUGAAUCACGCCCGCAACAAUUCCCAAUUCCACCCGGAUUGCAAGGUUCUCGUUCAUCUGCAUCGUCCACUACUGGCUCUUAUCAUCCUCAAUCCGGAUCAAUAUGAAUACCGGAGGAAAAUAAAUACCUAUUAUCCUUUCCAUGAUGAGGGGGAGUGGGAAUUAGCAAGAUUUCUAGUUGAAAACCUGACUCAAACUCAGAUCGACAAGUUUUUGAAGCUGAAAUGGUUUCACACCCGCCCAAGACCAUCUUUCACCUCAAAAGAUCAACUUCUUGAUUGGAUUGAUGUGCUCCCCUCUUUUGUACCAUGGAAAGUCUCGACCAUGGAGUUCACAGGCUACAAGAUGACUUAUCCCUUGCAACUCAUCUGGUGUGAUGCUCUUGAAGUCGUCAAACAGCUCUUCAGUGAUCCUGUUUUUGCUAACCAUAUCACUUUUCAUCUCCAUGUUGUUAAUACUGGGGGUCAGCAUGAAUAUGGGGAUUAUAUGAGCACUGAUAUGGCAUGGAAAAUUCAGGUCAAUUCUAUCUACCAUCUCCCAGUAGGUGCUACACAAGUACCGAUAAUCUUGGGAUCAGAUAAAACACCUGUGACGUGCACCACUGGAGGGCUUGAGAUGCACCCACUUUUCAUUACGAUUGGUAACCUCGAUUCAGAAGUUUGCUCCAAGGCUACACUACGAGCUUGGUGCUGUAUUGCUUACAUGCCCAUUGCUAAAUUUCAUGUGCAUCCUGAUUGUCAGAGCAUUCUGCAGGCAUGCCUGUGGCAUAGAUGUGUCGAUCUCAUCUGUGCCAACCUCAAGGUCGCAGCAAAGAAUGGUUGUUUUAUGCCCUAUCCUUCCCAAUACAUCUGUUAUGUCUUUACACCAAUUGUCUCUCACGAGGUCGAUCCUUGGGAUCUUGAUAAAUUCCAGAAGGCAGCAAAAGCGGUGCAUCUGUCUGGAGUUCACAUGCCAUAUUGGCAUGAUUGGACGUUUGCAUGCCCAUCUGUCUUUCUCACUGGUGAAUUUUUUGUGGACCAUCCGCUCAAUUGGAUCAAGGAGACAGUAGGGAAACCUGAGCUGAACGCUCGCUUCAUGGUUCAGCAUAAGUGGGUGGGAACACGUCACUUCACCAAAGAUAUUCAAUGCAUCAUUGUUGCUUUGAUUGCAGGCACUGCUCCACCCAGGUUCAUUUGUUCCAUCUGUGCCCUCAUAGAGUUCAUCUACCUUUCUCAAAAUCCAGUUCAUUCUCCUGAUUCCCUGCAGUUGAUGGUGCAAGCACUUUCAGAUUUUCACUUAUUCAAGAAUGCUAUUGUUGACACUGAGACAAUUUUUUUUAUACCGAAACUCGAGCUAUUGCAAAGCUUCAGAGGCAUGGUCAUGAAAAUGGGCAGGUUGAUGCAGUUUUCAGCUGAUAUUACAGAGCGCUUACUCAUUACACACUGCAAACAUCUCUUUGAGCGUACAAACCGGCGAUCUACUGAUUUUACAGAGCAGUGCAUACGGAUCCUCAACCACCAGGAGUCGAUGGAAUUAUGCAACCUGUAUGCAUUGUUCUAUUCUCGUGGCGCGUCACUUGUCAAUGCCAUACACAUUGAAGAUGAAGAAGUGACAACCAUUAAUCCAGCACUUUCCUCGAUUUCUCGUGUUCUCCCUGAUGAAACACAUUCUGUUCAUGGACCUCGGCCAGUUCGGAAUCAUUUUCUUAAGGGCAUUCUUUCUGGAGACGCUCUCACUGCCUUCCAUCUGACCUUGACGCCAGAUUUUAAUGCUCUGACACCCAUCACUAUUGAAGCCAAAUACUCACUUUUUAUCAAUCAAUUAUCCCUCUCCACUGGUGAGCAUACCUGCUGGGACCAUGGAUACGGACACUUUUGCACAUGGAAUGAAUUUCAACUACACAGAGUGAUACAAGCAUACCCGCCAAGUGAUGCAUUCCCCCUCAGAAACUGCAAUACUGUCCUAAUCAAUGUCAUGGGCAGUGACAGCCAAAGCAUGGAGCGCACGUACAUGAUAGACCAAUGUGGCAGACAUUGUAGGUGUGGUGGUGUCGUGUCAUUGACAGAUGUAACACACGCUGUCGAAUUGAUACCAGAAUAUGGUAACAAGGUAGAUGAGAGGAUUUCUUCAGCCACUAGUUCGGAGUAG